AAUUUUUGCCGAGUGGGUGAGAAAAUUCGCCCAAACGGCGAACUUGGAUGUCUGAAACUUGGAAGAAGAAAACCCAAGAGGCGGAGAAACUUUCCGUCAGAAGGGGAUUUAAUGUGGUUUUCUGCUUCCAAGAUGGGCCCAUAGAAUGAGACAAGAAACAUGUAGGGAACCAGAGCAUUAUAAGUGAAGAAGAUUGGCUAACCAAAGUCUGCUGCAUGCUAAAAGUAUACUCCUCGUCUGCCAUCGUCCAAGCUCUCCUCAUAAAAGGCUCUGAUUUAAAGCUAUUCCAAAGUGAAGAAAUUUUUGUAAUUCCUUCGUUUAACCCAGUUUAUAGAAUAUAGGGAAAGCUGGAUCCAAUAAGUAAUGUGCUGGAUCCGUAUUGUUCCUGUGUAAAAUGGUAACAUCAAUUUGAUCACGUGGGGCUGCAUGUGAGGUGUUAGUACAGUGUGUACACUGUAUAAUAUAGACUAGAUGCUGAAUAUGCAACUCUUCUUUCAUCUUUUGUAAAUCCAAACGAUGUGCCACUGUAUCCCAGAUGCUUCCAGUUUGUAAUUUAUUCAGAAAUAUUCCAAGCAAUUGAUGCAGCUCUAUUUUUAUAAAGCAAACAUUAUGUAUUAGCUCUGUGUGCCAAGAAAAGUCUACGCAAAACUCUACAUGUGGGACCGGAUGACAGUUAAAAUGAAUGCUGGCUUUGAUAAAACGUUAGGAAGCCGGUACUAAGAAAGUAAGAAUCCAUCGAAACUGCAACAAAAGGACAUGUUCAUGUAUCAAAGAGAAUAAAGCCGGUUUGACAUUGCAGCAGGACUUUGAAAACCGUUACUUAAACGACAAUCAGACUGCAACCUUUUAGCAAUUCAAUUUAUGCAACUCACUAACUCUGCGUCAUGAAUCAGCAUGCAACGUACGAGGCCAUCAACCUAUCACAACGUGCCAUGGGCGUCGCCGGGGGUGGGGACCUGACUGACGACCUGCAUAUGAUGUCACGCGGUCACCAUCCAAUCAUGAUGGGCGGAGCUUCAGUUAUGUCGUAUGGUACUGUUAUCCAAAUGGCACCAGAGCAAACCAAAUAUCACAAUUCAGCCAGUAUCCCGUCACAUGCACAACAAGCCUUAGGCAUGGUUGCCAGGACGUCAAGCCCUCACCAUAGCAAUACCAUAGCAACCUCAGUACAUAGCCCUCCAAGCCCCGCCCCUAGCUCCUCCCCUCCCAAUACAGGCAGUACAGCUAUGCACCCAGAUGAACUACAUUCAAGAGGCCAAAGAUUAACCAAAGAAUCGAUGAAGAAAUACCUAGAGGACCGAUGUCAUCAGACAGUCGUCAUACAACAUGCCAAAGUAGCCCAGAAGUCGUACGGGAACGAGAAAAGGUUCUUCUGCCCUCCUCCAUGCAUCUAUCUGCUGAACCCUGGCUGGAAGAGGAAGCGAGAACAGAUGCUGAAGGACGGAGAGACGGAAGCUGGGAGCCAAGUCUGUGCCUUUAUUGGGAUCGGUAACAGUGAUCAAGACAUGCAACAACUCAACCUGGAAGGAAAGGAUUACUGUGCAGCUAAGACGUUAUAUAUCUCCGACUCGGACAAGAGGAAGCAUUUCUUCCUGAGCGUGAAGAUGUUUUAUGGUAAUGGAGAAGACAUAGGAAUGUUCAACAGUAAGAGAAUCAAGGUCAUCUCAAAACCUUCCAAGAAAAAACAAUCACUCAAAAAUGCUGACUUAUGUAUUCAGUCCGGGUCGACCGUGGCGCUCUUCAACAGACUGAGAUCGCAGACGGUUAGCACCAGAUACCUACAUGUAGAGAACAAUAACUUCAAGGCAAGCUCACAGCAGUGGGGAGCAUUCACGAUACACCUCUUGGAUGAUGAUGAAUCAGAAAGUGAGGAAUUCACGGUUCGAGAGGGCUACAUUCACUACGGGUCUACCAUCAAACUAGUGGAUACAAUCACUGGUAUGGCCCUACCAAGACUGAUAAUCCGCAAAGUUGACAAGCAGAUGGCUCUGAUGGACGCUGAUGAUCCGGUCUCACAACUUCACAAAUGUGCAUUCUACAUGAAGGACACUGAUAAGAUGUAUCUAUGCCUCUCACAAGAAAGAAUUAUACAGUUUCAGGCCACACCUUCUCCCAAGGACCCUAAGAGAGAGAUCAUCAACGAUGGAGCUUCUUGGACUAUUAUCAGUACAGACCGGGCAGAGUACAGCUUCUAUGAGGGCAUGGGACCCGUUAAGAUGCCUGUAACACCGGUACCACUUGUAUCAGACUUACAUCUCAAUGGUGGUGGUGAUGUAGCAAUGCUAGAAUUGAGAGGAGAGAACUUCACACCAGACCUCAAAGUUUGGUUUGGUUGUGUGGAAGCAGAGACAAUGUACAGGAAUAAUGACUGUAUGCUGUGUGUGGUACCAGACAUCUCAGCCCUGUGGGAAUGGAGGUACAUCCAGCGGCCGACCCAGGUUAACAUCAUGCUUGUCAGGCAAGAUGGGAUCAUCUACCCCACAGGUCGCAUGUUCACCUAUACCCCUGAACCCUGCCAGACCAACCACUGCAGAGCCAUAGAUAACAUCAUGAGACGAGAACGACUUCCAGACAUAAACAUGUUAGGCCAGGAUGGUAUGCAGCAGGCCAUAGAGGGCGCUAUGGGGGGUUCGCUCGCCAUGUCCGGCGAGAUGAUGGCGUACAACACCAUGAGGAUGAGCGGAAAAUGAGAGUCAUCGUCAGUCGGUACUCGUUUAUUGAGACAUUUCCAGAAAGAAGGUAACCUGUGGCGUCGGCGGAAGACUCAAAGCCUUUUCUUAGAAACACUCUUUAACCAUAUGCCUCGCUACAGCAUGUAUCCACUAUCGAGGAACAAUCCAAGCAUUUUCUGUGUGAGUGAGUGCAGGUUUGGUGGCUCAAGAUAGUUUGUUAUUAUCUGACCUUUGACCUUUGACCUUAUGAGCAUCAUGAACAACAAAGUGACCUUAGUGGAAUGCUCUGCACGGCUCAUGAGGAUGUUAACAGUCACAGACAUUUCAAUUUCACCUGGGCUUAUACAAGGUGAAUUUGUCUCGGCACUGUUUAUCCAUGGAGAAAAAGGGAGUACAGAAUCUUGCAAGUAUCAUGGGUAUGGACUUGCAUGAGAAAGUCAGUAUUUGAAUGUUUUUAAUGUGGAAAAGGACCCUGAAUGGCUUUUAUUUUGUAUUUCAUUUCUGAAAUCAAAAUCAAAUGACAGAAUUGCCAUUCAUAUGAUGGAGAAAGCUUUUGAUAUCUCCAUUUUGUAUCAGCCAAAAAAAUAAGUAUAAAUAUUACAUGCCUGCCUUAUGACCUAUAAAUACACAAUAUACUGUGUAACUGAACUGUGGGUGGAGGAUUUGAUAUUCUCUAUUUGUAAAAUGUUCCUUAUUUUGUGGUUUAAAGGUACUCUUGAUUUCUGGUAAUGAACGAAGAUAAAAUUCACACAAACCAAAACAAAAUGUGGAAAAAGGAUGUUUGUAUGCCAAAGUAAUUUGAUUGUCUAGUACAUCCUCUCAAUAGCAAGAAUCAUUUUUUGAUAAAUACUGAAUAAUCACUGAUUUUGAUGCUCCUUUUUGUCGGUCAUUUACAUAUUAAUCACAUGGGACUUAUUUUCGGCUUUACAUUUGAUAUUUUAGGUUUGAAUGAAAUCAACCCUUCUUUUUUAUAUCCAGAAAGUGCCUGAAAAUGUGCCAAAUGUAGCUGAAAAUGUGUUUUGCUCUGAUGGGCUGGAUGAGGUGUCAUCUACCUCCAUCCCUCUGGGCUCUGGGCUAACAUUAUACCAAACAAACUUUUCACUUUUUCAUUCUUCAAUAUUGGGAAGUAUUUAAAUGUCAUGAUUUUGUUAACAAUUUGCUGGUCCAAAAAUGCAUAAUAAUACAUACUGCACACGUGCACCAUUUUCAAGAUUCAAAAUAUUCAAUUUAACUUUACCCA